GCUGCUGCGCGGGCUGCUCUGCGCCGCGGCGGCGCAGGGCGCCUUCGGGCUCCCGCCCCGCGCGCAGCGAGGCGUCGACCCGGUGUUCCGGGCCGUGACGGAGGCCGCGGCCGCCGUCAGAGGAGCCACGGCGGCUCCGCGGCUCGGCGGGGGGCCCACCGCCGCCGCGGACGCGGGAGCGAGGCGGCCCAGCGUGCCGACGUGCUUUGUGGCGCCUCUCUAUGUCCGCGCACCCUUCGGGUGCCACGCCUGGCAGCUUCGCCUACACCUCCCCCUCAAGGCGACCCGGACGGAGUCGAUUCAGGCGAGCCCACCACUGGCGAGCAAGCUCAACAUGAGCUCGAACACGACCAACUUCCUGCUGGGCGCUGAGCAACUGCAGGUCACGGGCGGCCUAGACCCCGUGUGCCGGAAGUGGUCAAGCCACGAGUCUUUCCAAGAUCCGAGGCUGGCGGGCGCGAACCUGUCGCUGUGCGCGGACGGCGACACGCCGGUGCAGCUCAUGCAGUCGCGCUGCCGCGCUCAUCUCGCGGGGUCCGCCUGGCUCAGCGCUGGCCUGCCAGUUCUACCAUCUGUUGAGGUCGCAGCGUUGGCGAACGCACAUCGCGGGUCGGUGGCGACAGACCAGGGCGUGGACUCGCAGAUUCGGCGCAGGACGCACGACGGGAGGGAGGAGGCCGCGCUGGAGGGCAGAGCCUGGCGGGCCACCAGCUACUACGGGGGCGCCUACAAGUACACGAUGACCUUCGGCAGCCUGAGCGCCGUGGGGCCCGAGGUGGACCCGCGCCUCUUCCAGGCGCCGCCGGCGUGCCGGGCGCGGGACCAGUGGCGAUAG